AUGUCUCUGACCCAGGCUGAGAGGACCAUCGUUGUGUCCAUGUGGGGCAAGAUCUCCACACAGGCGGAUGCCAUCGGCACCGAGGCCCUGGAGAGGCUCUUCGCCAGCUACCCGCAGACCAAGACCUACUUUCCGCACUUCGACCUGCACGCGGGCUCGGCGCACCUGCGCGCGCACGGCUCCAAGGUGGUGGCCGCCUUGGGCGACGCGGUCAAGAACAUCGACAAUGUGGCGGGCGCGCUGGCCAAGCUCAGCGAGCUGCACGCCUACAUCCUGCGCGUGGACCCGGUCAACUUCAAGCUGCUGUCCCACUGUGUGCUGGUCACCGUGGCCUCGCACUUCCCGGCCGACUUCACCGCCGAGGCCCACGCCGCCUGGGACAAGUUCCUGUCCCUCGUGUCCAGCGUCCUGACCGAGAAGUACCGCUGACCCCCGGGGACAGGCUG